AAAAACACGUAACGUACCCACUCUCCCAAUUCCCUCCCUAAAUUUAAUGCUUCGGACAUGGCCUCUGUUAAUACCAUGCACAAGUGGGAUAGGACCAGGGAGGUUGGUGUUGCUUUAAUGGAUGAGAACAAGAAUCCUUCAUUGCUUUACUUUCUCUUAACCUAAAUUAUCUUUAUCUGCCUUCUUUCGUGCUAGUUUUUCUUGGUUCCACGUUUGUAUCAUUUAAUUUCAAGCCUUUCUUUUACUGCCAUAGCAAACUCAUCUGCUUAAAUAAUUUCUUUCUUCUCUGGAGAGAAAAUGGUCCAGAAAUGCAGAGGCAUAUGGGCUUGGGGUUACAUUAACGGGUUUAUCUUGCUGCAACUUUUAGUUAUUUGCUUAGAAACCAAAGGUUCAAAUGUUUUUGCCUCGGGUGUUUCCAAAUUUAGUAAUUCUGAGCCUAACUUCAUCAUUCAAAAGCAUUCUAGAAGAAAAUUGGACGAUGUAGCUGGUUCCAUAAACAUUGAUUGUGGAAUGCCAGAAGAUUUCAGCUACACCGAUGCCAUUACUGACAUUCAAUACAUUUCGGAUAGGACAUUCAUAGACACUGGAGUGAAUAAGAACAUUUCUGCCAACUUCAUUUCUGAUGAGCUUCCAAUGUCUGCAAUGACUCUCAGAAGUUUUCCUCAGGGAAAAAGAAACUGCUAUGCCCUGAGACCACCAGAAGGCAAAGCUAGUAUCUACUUGAUUAGAGCCUCCUUCAUGUAUGGAAAUUAUGAUGAUCUGGACAAGUUGCCAGAGUUCCGAUUAUACAUUGGAGUUAAUUUGUGGGACAAAGUGAAGUUUGACAAUGCAUCUCAUAUGGUAAGCAAGGAGAUCAUACAUGUCCCUACAAUUGAUGACAUAUAUGUCUGUCUCCUAAACACUGGUUCAGGAACCCCUUUCAUAUCAGCUCUAGAGUUGAGGCAUUUCCAUAAUUCCACCUACAAAGCAGAAUCUGUAUCAUUAGUUCUAUACCGGCGACUCGAUUUUGGCUCUACAGCCAACGAGAUAGUAAGGUACCAUGAUGAUGCCUAUGAUCGCAUAUGGUUUCCUUACAACUGUCCUCAAUGUGCUUCAAUAAAUACUUCCUCUGCAGUUGAUUCCCUUGUUACCACUGACUUCAAUCUACCAUCAAAGGUGAUGCAAACUGCUGUCCAGCCAAUAAAUGCAGAUGAACCACUCAAAUUCGAAUUUGAUAUUGGCGAUCCCAACGAAAAUUUCUACAUUUACAUGCACUUUGCUGAAAUUUUGCAAAUGAACCAAUCUAGAGAAUUCAACAUUGAAUUAAAUGGUGUGCUGUUACAAGAAGGUGUAGUUCUCAAGUACUUGCGUUCUACAACCUUACCUUUCCAGUCAGUAAGAGGAGCCAAGCUUAGCUUCUGUCUCUUUAAGUUGCCAAAUUCUACCCUUCCUCCCAUUUUGAAUGCAUUGGAAAUUUAUUUAGUGAGAGAUUUCUGGCAGCAACCAACCGAUCGAGAAGAUGUUAAAGCAAUUGAAGACAUCAAGUCAAUCUAUAACGUCGUUAAAGGCUGGCAAGGAGAUCCAUGCAUACCUCUUCCAUCAUGGGAUGGCUUGAAUUGCAAUGAUAAUGGUUAUAAUCCCCCAAGAAUUAUUUCCUUGAAUUUGUCAUCUAGUGGACUAACAGGAGAGAUCGAUCGAUCAUUGUCCAAUCUUAAAUUACUGCAGCACCUGGAUUUAUCAGAGAACAGCUUAACGGGAGGAGUACCUGAAUUUCUGUCAGAACUACCAUAUUUGAGGACUUUGAAUUUAGCAGGAAACAAACUCUCUGGUUCGGUUCCUUUGGCUCUCUUGGAAAGAUCCAUUAGCGGAUCAUUGACAUUGAGACUGGUUGGGAAUCCAGAGCUUUGUCUGUGGUCUCCAUGCAAAGAAGAGAGGAAGAGUGCUUUGGUUCCAAUAGUUGCAACCAUUGUUCCAUUGGUAGUCAUCCUCAUGGCAAUGACACUGAUUAUCCUGUGUAUCUACAAAAGAAAAAAAGUUGCACGGAUGCUUGUCGAUUCCCGGAUGGAAGAAGGAUCAUCACUGAAGUCACACAACAGACAAUUCACGUAUGCUGAGAUUGUAAGAAUGACCAACAACUUUAGCACUGUUAUUGGGAAGGGGGGAUUUGGAACAGUUUACCAUGGCUACUUAAGCGAUGAUACCCAAGUUGCAGUCAAAAUGCUUUCUCCAACAUCAGGUCAUGGCUCAACUCAAUUUCCAACUGAGGCUCAUCUCUUGAUGAGAGUUCAUCACAGGAAUUUAGCUUCAUUUAUUGGUUAUUGCAAUGAAAUCGGAAACAUUGGGAUUGUCUAUGAAUACAUGGCCUGUGGAAAUUUAGAACACUAUUUAUCAGAUAAAACAGUAGAGGUUCUGGGUUGGAAAGAGAGACUGCAGAUUGCACUGGAUGCAGCACAAGGGCUAGAGUACUUGCACCAUGGUUGCAAACCCCCUAUAAUUCACAGAGAUGUGAAAAGCGCCAACAUUUUGUUGAAUGACAAUUUGCAGGCCAAGAUAGCUGAUUUUGGGUGCUCAAAAAUUUUCCCAUCUGAAAUUAGGAGUCAUUUGUCAACCGGAGUUGUUGGCACCGUUGGUUACCUUGAUCCAGAGUAUUAUUACUCAGCCAGCAGGCUAACUGAGAAAAGCGAUGUUUACAGCUUUGGAAUAGUUCUUCUAGAGCUAAUCACAGGCCAACCUGCAGUAAUAAAAAACCAUGAUCAGAACAUUCAUAUUGUUCAUUGGGUGAGUCCUUACAUCGAAAGAGGUGAUAUAAGAAAUGCUGUUGAUCGAAGACUACAAGGAAAUUUUGAUACCAAUUCUGUUUGGAAAUUCUUGGAAAUAGCAAUGUCAUGUGUACCAUCAAUUUCCAUUCAAAGGCCAACUAUGAACCAUAUAGUUGCAGAAUUAAAGGAGUGUUUGGAAACAGAAAUUGCUCGAGAACAGAAUUGCAGAAUGGGGGGACAAACAACGAGAUUAAGCAAUUCGUUUGAAAUCAUUACUGUGGAUCCUGAAACUCAAGUGGGUCCAGAAGCAAGGUAGAAAUGAACGAGGGUUUCACAAGUGUGCAGUAUAAUGCACUCAUGUCUCUAGUUUUACAUAUAUAAUUUUUUUUUUUUAUUUUGUAAGUUUUUUUUUUUUAUCCUUUUAAUUUGUCAAAAAUAAUUACUUAAUCCUUACACUUUUAAAAUCCAAUUAAAACUUCCUUAUAUUUUGUGAAAUUAAA